AUGGCUACAGUGUCGAGACUGCUGAUUGUUGUGUUAAUUUUCUUGUGUGCUCUCAAGUACUCCGAGUCAAGAUCUUUUGUUAUAGAUUACGAGAACAACUGCUUUCUCAAAGAUGGCAAACCUUUUCGUUACAUCGCUGGAUGCUUUCACUAUUUCAGGGUUCCUCGCGUGUACUGGAAAGACAGGCUCAUGAAAAUGAAAGCAGGCGGUUUAAACUCAGUCCAAACUUACGUCGCUUGGAAUAUUCACGAACCAGUUCAUGGCCAGUACAACUUCGAAGGCGAUGCAGAUCUUCAGGGUUUUAUUGAACUCGCUAACAGCGUUGGACUUCUAGUGAUUCUCAGACCCGGACCUUAUAUUUGCGCUGAGUGGGAAAAUGGCGGGUAUCCUUCAUGGUUAUUGAUGAAGAACUCGUCGAUUUCCUUAAGAACCUUGGAGAACAAGCAAUAUCUAUCGUAUGCAGAGUCCUGGCUGAGCGUGCUAUUGCCCAUGGUGAGGCCAUUGCUGUACUCCAAUGGGGGACCAAUCAUAGCGGUCCAAGUUGAAAAUGAGUAUGGGUAUUUCGGGGGAUGUGAACUGAACUAUCUGAAGUUUCUUGAAGAGUUGUUUCGUAAAUACCUUGGUAGUAAUGUUAUUCUUCUUUCAAACAAUGGCGCCAGAGAGUCUUCAUUAAAGUGUGGUACUAUCCCUUCUCUGUAUCCCGCUCUGGACUUUGGCGUUGGAACUAAUUUAGAUAAGGCGUUUGCAGCAAAGCGGAAGUUUGCCCCCAGGGGACCCUUGGUAGUCACUGAGUAUUACCCAGGGUUUUUGGAUCGAUGGAGUGUACCUCACCAAACCAGAUCUACACAGAGUGUUGAUCAGACCUUUGACAAAAUGCUGGCAAUGAAUGUGUCUGUAGCCUUUUACAUGUACAUGGGAGGUACUAACUUUGGUUACAUGAACGGUGCACGAUACCUGCGGAAACAAACUUUAUUGCCGAGCAUUACGAGUUAUGAUUAUGAUGCACCUCUGACAGAAGCUGGUGAUACAACUACAAAAUUUCAUGUCCUGCGAGAGACAAUCGCCAAGUACGAGAAAAUACCCGAUAUUCCCAUCCCACCGAACACUACAAAGUUUGCAUAUGGUAAAGUUCAAAUGACCCAGCUGUCAACCUUUCUUGAUGCAGUGCCAAAUCUUUCUGCUCCCAAUGGCCCUGUAAAUUCAACCUUUCCUUUAACCAUGGAACAAAUUGGACAAAGCUAUGGAUUCAUUCUUUACCAGACACAAAUUCCGGCAGAGUUUGCUCAGUCAACUGUUGUCUUAAAUAUCACUAGCUUAGCACGUGACCGAGCCAUUGUGUAUGUGGGAAAAAUUCGCCAAGUUACAAUGUUCCGUGACCCUAAAGAUCAGACUGCAUCUCUUGUCAUUGGGAAGGAGUUGCAGCUUGAUAUUUUGGUGGAAAAUGUAGGAAGAGUCAGUGAUGGUUACCAAGAACCUAAGGGGAUCAUUGGCAACAUUACAAUAAAUGGCGCUGUUCUUGUCAAUUGGAAGAUAUAUCCUAUAAACUUAGACAAUCUCGUUUCAGCUACAGAUGGCUAUCUUAACACUGAUCAACACCAAAAGGGGUUAUUUGCACCUACCUUUUUUCAUGGGGAAUUUUAUGUUAAUUCCUCAUACGACACAUUUCUUCACCUGCCUAGAUGGACUAAAGGGCAAGCGUUUGUAAAUGGUUUUAAUUUGGGUCGCUACUGGCCUGUGAUUGGUCCACAAAUCACACUGUUUGUACCAGCAAAUGCGAUAUCCCUCAAGAAGAAAACUGCCAGUGUUGUGUUAUUGGAGUUGGAUGGUGCUCCUUGUGAAUCUCCUGAAACUUGUUUUGUUGAGUUUGUGACAACUCCUAUUCUAAAUGGGACUGUACAUCCUAUAGUAGAUGGUGAAUUCAAUGUGAACACUGUAAAAAUUGAGAAAUUUCAUUGACCCAUAUAUGGAAAUUGAAGUGUUACAGUCAAACCAGGAAAACCGUGAACACCAGAAGUAUUUCUGGAAUGUCAUUGUGCUGCAAGAAAAAAGCCAAUCAGGCGUGAAAAAAACUGAACCGCAAGCUAGAACAUUAAUUUAGUUUGAGGUUUUGUGGCUAGUUCACAUGUCCUGAUCUUUGCUGUGAUUAGUAAUAACACAAUAAACAUUCUUGAGAUAUUUCAAGUGUUCACGAUUUUCCUGGUUGCACUGUAAUACUGUUUGAUUGCACUGAAUAGGUCAUCCAUGGAUCAAAACAUAGAAUCAGCUGACUUAAUUUGUGAAUCUUUGUUAAUUGUGCAAAUAACUUGUUUUCACAUGAAGUGAUUUGUACUUGACCUAAGUUAAUUCACUGAAAAGUUACUGAACACGGAACUGGUAGCAAACUAGAGAGUUAGUAAUGCAAAUAAAGUUGCAAGAAACAUUUCAAAGGAUAUAAAAAAUUCAGUGAAUCGUGACUCGCUACCCUAACUGUUUCUUGUAAUGUUUAGUACCCUAAGACACUAGCGAAAAAUGUUUGAUGAAAUUUAAAUAGGCCAUUUACGAGUUGCCUCAAGCCUCUGUUUCAAAGCGAGGCUAAGAGAAAAGCCAUUGAUAUGAAAAUGAGUUUAUGCAAAUAAAACUCUUUUUCACAAGAAGGGUUUUGUACAUAGCCAAGUUUGAAAGUGAGAGUUUUUGGAACUCCGAACAGGCCAAUCACGCUUGGAAGAUUGUGAGACAAGAUGUGUGAAAUAGUUAAAUCGUGACAUUUGAACGUGUAUUUCGUUACCUUUCAUGUAAUUCGUUACCUGGUCAGCGGUCAUUUAUGUAAUGCUUACGUCACAAGAACAGAACCUUUUUCUGCCUCGCUCUCGUUACUUUUAUGACCGCCAUGUUGUGUUAAUGUUGUCUGAAAUAUACAUGUAACUACAUUGAGUUCUCUGUCGUAUUUACUGCUUCCCCACAUUUUUGGUGCCGAGACCAGGAUGGAAGAGUUACCGAAACUGCUAGCGUCAAGAAGAGCUCACAAAGCACAUUUAACCAAACUAAGACAGAAAAUCGAUGACACUGCAGAAGGAACAAUAGCCGACAACGGAAUUGUACUACUCAAGUCUCUCGUGGAGCAGUUAAAGCAAAAGAGACAAACCCUCAAGGAACUUAACGAUAAGAUAGCAGUUUUACUGGAAACUCCUGAGGAACUCGAAGCAGAAAUACUCGAUGCAGAGGAACUAGACAGCCUUAUCGUGGAGAAGGUUUGCCUCACCGACAAUUUAAUUGAGCUCGCCAAAAGAAACCUCGACCAGUACGUGUUGUCCCACAGUCCCGGAAUAUCAGUACUCCGUCAAGUUCACCGCAAAAGGGACAAACAAAUCAGCAACCCAUUCCAUCUACGUCGCAAACGGAACAAGAAAAUCAACAAUCCAAUUCCCCACCUUCGACUGGAACGUCAGGUAGCGAUUUUCAAAGUAACACAGCCGCUUCAGCAGAGAAUCCCCAAUUACACCACCGAUUACUCCGAUUACACCACCGCCGGUGAGUACAUUCCAAACUAAUCGUUUACCUAAACUUGUACUGCCAUCGUUUAAUGGGAACCCGCUUGAAUGGCAAUCGUUUUGGGACGCCUUUCAGUCUGCAGUACACGAUAACUCUUCGAUCAGUGAUGUCCAAAGGUUCAAUUAUUUGAGAGCACAGUUACGCGACGGAGCUGAAAGAGUCAUUGCCGGGUUGCCAUUAACCAGUGCCAAUUACGCUAAGAGCAUCCAGUUAUUGAAAGAUAGAUUCGCUCAACCCCACAAGAUUAUCAAUGCACACAUGGAGGCACUGCUCAACCUUCCAUCACCCACUGAUCAUUUAAGUAGUUUGAGGCUUUUCUAUGACUCAGUUGAAACACACAUCAGGGGACUUGAGUCACUAGGGAAGAAAACAGAAACGUAUGGAGAUAUUCUUGUUCCCAUCAUUCAGAAGAAGUUACCUAAUGGAAUUAAGAGGAAUCUAGCAAGGCAAAAUGGAAACAAGGAGUGGCAGCUUGACAACUUACGUAAGGCAAUCUUGAACGAAAUUGAAAUCUUAGAAGCAGGUCAGAACAGUUCUAGCGAUUAUGAACUCAGUAGCAACUCAACAACUGCUGCUACUGCUGCAUUUCUCACGACUUCAAAGCCACCUACACCUGUUCUCCCUCCUCCCACUGAUCGGCGCCCUACCAAGCGAACAUGCCUUUUCUGUAAGGGCGAACACAGUUCAAAUGAUUGUAAUGUUGUAACAGACAAGGGAAGGAGAUACUCCAUUGUACGUGAUGCAAGGGUAUGCUUUAACUGUCUUAAUCGUCAUUCAGUAUCUAAAUGCAAGUCACGGAACAGAUGUAAGGUGUGCCAUCGAAAGCAUCAUACCAGUCUUUGCCAAAAUGCAGAAUCAACUCCCCUAGUGUCAUCCACUGAACCGCCAACUACAAACAAGGCUCAAUGUACACCCACCACAGACAAGACUACAGCACCUUCAGUCUCAUCCUACCACAUUGGUGAUACUAGCAGACACACCCCGUUCUACUGAAAACAGCCGUUGCUUCUGUUGGUAGUCACAACAACCACAUCAGUGCACACAUUUUAUUUGAUGAAGGGUCUCAACGCUCCUUCAUUACUUCAGAUGUAGCGACCAAACUUGAUCUGAAACCAGAAAUGCAAGAGACCAUAUCCCUGUCAACCUUUGGUGGGAACACAUCAUCCGUUAAACGCAUUGACACUGCCACCGUUUUUGUUGAAACCGCUCAAGAGGAGAACAUUCCCAUUCGCGUGAUCAUUGUACCAACAAUAGCUGCCCCCUCACUACUUACACUGGUGCCAAUGUAAGGAACUACCACACUUAAAGGGACUGUCAUUAGCACAAAACGUUGAUGAUUCACCUUUCACAGUUGAUAUUCUAAUCGGUGCAGAUCAUUAUUGGGACAUAGUGGAAAACGAAGUUGUCAAGGGUCCAGGUCCCACAGCAGCCAAAUCAAAGAUAGGAUACCUCCUUUCGGGCCCCCUCUCCAACAGUAACCAUUCAGAGAACCUAAACACGUCUAUUUUAAAUGUUGUGACUGAGCAUCAUCAAGAACAAUUUGAUUUGGAACGUUUCUGGCGGAUUGAAUCAGUUGGUGUUCAGCCAAGCUCAUCAGAAGAAACGGUUGACUUUCUGAAGUACUAUCAAAACUCGUCUAUCAUGUUGGAGGAUGGCCGGUACAGUGCAAAGCUACCCUGGCGACCAGAACAUCCCCCUCUACCAUCAAAUGCAGAAAUCACUAAGCAGAGAACCCGCUCCAUGGUCAGAAAACUAGCUGAAGAUCCUAAUAAAUUACGCAUGUACAAUGACAUCAUCCAAGAACAACAAUCUCGCGAUUUUAUCGAAAAAGAGUGGACAAUCCAGAAACAACCAACGGAGUGUGUCAUUACAUACCUCAUCACGCUGUUCUCAAGGACUCUACCACAACUCCUCUACGCAUUGUGUACGACUGCAGCUUCAAACGAGGUGAACAACCCAGCUUGAAUGAUUGCUUACAGCCAGGUCCUCCACUUCUCAAUGAUCUUACUGGUAUACUUCUACGCUUCCGUCUCCACCAGUAUGCUAUAACUGCAGACAUUGAAAAGGCAUUUUUACAUGUAAACCUAGACCAAGCUGAUCGAGAUGCCACGCGCUUCUACUGGCUAUCUAACACGGAUGACCCGGAGAGUGAAUUCAUUGUCUACCGAUUCAAGUCUGUCAUGUUUGGUGCCACAAGUUCCCCUUUCAUCUUAAAUGCCACUCUCAAUAAGCACCUCACACAGUCUACAGACCAAGUCAGCAUGGAUAUGUUAAGGAAUCUGUAUGUGGAUGAUCUCGCCUCGGGAACAAACGAUGAUGAUUCAGCAGUCAACUAUUACCAAGAUGCCAGGAACAAAAUGUCACCGGUGGGCUUCAAUCUCAGGUCAUGGAGUUCAAACAGUCCUGGUGUUCAACAUAUUGCAGCCAAAAAUCAAAUCCUCGACACUAGUCCAACUAAAAAGUACUUGGCAUGGUAUGGGACAUAACUUCAGACACGCUACGAUUCUCAUGUAAACAGGCAACCUCUACCCCCCCGUUGUCAACCAAGAGAGAGGUGUUACAAGAAACAGCAAAAGUCUUUGAUCCACUCGGCUUACUUCAACCAGUCACCGUUGCGGCUAAGAUUCUAAUACAAGAACUGUGGAAGGAAGGGAUUGAUUGGGACGAGCCCCUUCCACCUUCUCUUGAUCAAAAAUGGCGUGCUGUAGCAAAGGAGAUUGGAGAUGCAACCAAACUUGAGUUCCCACGUCGCUACUUCUCUUCUAAUGUCUCUGUCGAUAGCAGCGAUACAGAACUACAUGUUUUCGCUGAUGCAAGCCAGAAAGCCUAUGGAGCUGCUGCUUACUUAGUACGUGGAAACCAGUCAUCGUUAGCUAUGGCGAAGUCGCGUGUUGCUCCGACAAGGAAGAAACUCACCCUUCCAGAAUUGGAACUUAUGGCAACUCUAACAGCCGCACGUUUAGCUUCAUAUCUUCAAGAACAACUGCCAGUUACAAGAGUCACAUUGUGGUCUGACAGCCAAAUUGUUCUCCACUGGCUCAAAAGCACCAAGUUGUUGAAGCCAUUCGUCAACACUCGCAUCCAAGAAGUAAAGAAGCUGACAUCAACUUCAAACUGGAAGUACUGCCCUACAACUGAAAACCCCCCUCCGAUCUUCUCACAAGAGGGAUAACAGCACAUCAACUAGAGAUUUCCUUGCUGUGGAAACAUGGUCCCACAUGGUUACCAAACAGAUCCCAGUGGCCUUCAUGGCCUACGACAGAGGUUCUUCACUUAUCAGCAACUGAAACCUCUCCUGGUGGGUCUACCACAGACGGCACAGUCCCAGUUCAACAGCAAGGCCUUCAUCGCCUGAUCAAUCCAUCGGAUUUCAGCAGUUUACCAAAGCUUCUACGUGUUACAGCCUAUGUUUUCAGAUUUGUAAAACUUCUCCAGAAGAAACUUAGUCAACAAGGCCCAAUUACAGCCAUGGAAUAUGAUCAUGCCAUGACAGAAUGGGUGAAGAAUCGUCAAUCUGUUGUCUUUCAUGCUGAAGUUAACAACCUCCUCUCGAAGUCGCGACACCGUACAACUUUGGUACGUCAACUUCGCCUUUUCCUUGAUGAUGGUGGUCUUCUACGCUGUGGCGGAAGGAUACACAACGCACCCUUAAGUGGCAACACCAAGUUUCCUCUGCUACUUCCAAGCAAAGACCAUUUCACAGAUCUUGUAAUUCACUCCACCCAUGUCAAACAGCUUCAUGCAGGUGUCAACUCAACACUCACCGCCCUACGUCAAACUUAUUGGGUUCCUUCUGGCCGACAACGCGUCAAAACUUUAAUUGACAAAUGCGUAACCUGCAGAAAGGUCUCAGGAACAGCCUACAAUGCACCAGACCCACCACCCCUUCCCAAGUCAAGAAUACAACAAACACAACCCUUUGAAGUCACUGGGGUGGACUACACCGGAGCUCUGUAUGUUCGAAAUGCUGGAAUCGAAACAAAGGUCUACAUAUGUCUGUUUACUUGUGCAACAACCAGGGCUAUUCAUCUUGAAGUUGUCGAAGACUUGACCGUUGAAGCCUUCUUACUAGCCUUUCGCAGAUUUGCAAGUCGGAAAUCUCUUCCAAGGAAACUAAUAUCUGACAAUGCCUCAACAUUUGUAUCAGCGAACAAUGAACUAAAGGAAUUGUUUCAAUCUCGUGCGCUCAAGGAAACACUAGCAAGGGAAGGCAUUGAAUGGCUAUUCAUCCCCAAGAAGGCGCCUUGGUACGGCGGGUUUUGGGAACGCCUCAUCGGUCUCACCAAAUCCACCAUCAAGAAGGUACUCGGCAGAGCUGCAGUCAACCUGUGCACUCUUCAGACAAUUGUUGUUGAAGUAGAGGCAAUUCUAAACGAUCGUCCCCAACCUACGUUUCCUCAGACAUUAAGGAUGAGGAAGCAUUAACCCCUGCACAUCUACUUUAUGGCCGACGAAUUACGUCAUUACCACAUCCACCAGUAGAAAGUGACGAAGUGAGUGAUCCCACCUACCAAACAAGUACAGAUUUACUAAGAAGGGCAAAACGUGUCACCUUACUGAUCCAACACUUUUGGCAACGAUGGCGUCAUGAGUACCUUACCUCCCUCCGAGAGUUCCACAAAGGUUCAGGAAUCAACACAGAAUCCGUGAAGGCUGGUGAUGUAGUUCUAAUCCAUGAUGAUAGCCCUAGAGUAAACUGGAAACUAGCACUUGUCACAUCCAUUAACAGAGGUCGCGAUGGACUUGUGCGUUCCGCAAAUUUACGCACCGCCAAUGGAACAACAAACCGUCCCAUAACAAGAUUACACCCUCUAGAAGUUCACGCCAAGGAAGCACAGUGUUGCACAGAGGAUCAAGCAACCGCAGUAGAAACUCCAACCCCUGUGAGGAGACCACAAAGAGAUGCAGCACGACGAGCAAUAAGGAGAAUUGCAGAUUGGGCCAAGGACAUUCGCGCCCCCUCCCCCCCGGAGGAUGUGAAAUAGUUAAAUCGUGACAUUUGAACGUGUAUUUCGUUACCUUUCAUGUAAUUCGUUACCUGGUCAGCGGUCAUUUAUGUAAUGCUUACGUCACAAGAACAGAACCUUUCUCUCUCGCUCUCGUUACUUUUAUGACCGCCAUGUUGUGUUAAUGUUGUCUGAAAUAUACAUGUAACUACAUUGAGUUCUCUGUCGUAUUUACUGCUUCCCCACAAGAUGCGCAAAAAGCAUAGCCCAAUGCAAUGAACAAUAAAUAGUUUAUUGCGAAUUGUAAGUUAAGAAUAGUUCAAUAGUCCAUAAAAUGUAGUAUGAGGCUACUCAAGAUACCCUUUGUAAUCUUCAUUUACUAUGCUACUAAAGUUGUAGUAAAAAAGUAUUUUCCAG